AUGGAUAGCAACAAUAAUCUUGCAGAUAGAAAUAAUUGCCACACCUUCACGAAUCCAGACGAUGAUCACCAGCACGAUGAAACCAUCAUUCGAGAACAGGAGCACGAAAACACGAAUGUUUCGGAGUGGAACUGGUCCAAAACAACGCACAAUAUUCAAAGCAAGACUGACGAUGGCUGCAUUACAAGUCAGCUCGACGUAUCGCAGCCCAAAGAUGAGUUCACCAAGGUCAAAACCAUCGAAACAUUGGACAAAGCUUGUCAGACUGGGGAACUAGCAGAUGGAACUACGCUACCAAUACCGGACACUGCCGAGGAUGUAACGGAACAGCGGGUUAAGUACGAAUUGAAGCGUCCGAGCAAUUCGUUUCUCUUGUUUUGCAAACAACACCGAUCGAUAUUGAGUAACCAUUACAACGAGGAAAACAGGCUAAUAACGGAAAAGCUCGGCAAAUGGUGGAAUCAACUUACAGAAGAACAGAAAUCUCCGUAUGAAAUAAUAGCGUCGCAAUAUCGCAAACAAAUGUUGGCAGUAGAUCCCGGAUUCAAAUGGAUUAAACGCACGCCGACAAACCGUCAACCAUCUCCAGUUACUGACGAGGUUAGGGCAAACGCAUCCUUGACUGUGGAAGAGACUGCUCAGAUGGAUGUAUCUGAUGAUACCAUCAUUACGGACGAAUGUUUGGAAGCGGCAGAAGCUUUGGUUAGUUUGCGUGGAAGCGCUCAGUUGACCACGUUCAAGCUGGCGGACGAAUCGAAUAUGGGAAGCUUAAAAGAUCUCUAUAUCGGAACCGGUACGCAACUGUCUGUUGCCUGUCAGCCAUUGGAGUCUCGGUGCAAGCGAUCAUCCCAAGUGAUGACAUCGUGUGUGCAGCCUAUUGGCGAAGGCACACGUGCACCGAAAGCCACACGAUCAUGUAAAGCUAAUAGGUACAAGGAUAUCAUGAACAAUAUGUAUCGACGAGCAAAAAAAUCUUCAAAAAAAACGCAAACAGACCCCAUUAAGCAACCAAGGGCUGCCAGCACCUGCCAGUCAACUAUCACUAACAGCGAUACAUUAGACUCAAACAUUAGCAAAGUUACCGAGGAAGAGUUGUUAGCGGAGUUGGACUCAAAAAUGGCUGAAGUAUCUCCGUUGAGCAUUGACCACUUUUUAAGCGUUUUAGUAAGACAUAGAAAAAAGAGGAAAAGGUCGAAAAAAUCUGCAUCGAAUGCCAAAAGGAGGAAAACAAAGCUGUCAACUGCACCAAAGCCCUCCGGCGACGUGCUGGCUGAGGAUUUCACAGUGGGAAGUACACCGGUCGGUACAACAGCACAGCCAGCAACGUCUGUCGCAACCGCUUCUGAGGCACUGACGUUGGUGCAACCUACAUCCACCAAACUAGUCGGCAGUAACAAGCGCAAAUUUCCCAAAGAACUUGUUACACAUAACCCCCAGUCAGGGAUGGUGGAACGACAAACGAUCUUGUUAUCCUUUGAUAAGCCUGGUGCGUAGGACGGUGGUAUCUUCCAUGCCCCCGUACGGGGCCUAUUAGACACUCUAGUGACGUUCCAUUAAUAAUUUAACAUAUGAUGAUCUCUAUACCCCAAAAUUGAGCUGAAAAUGGCUUAAGCUAAUGAGGCCUAAGAAUAUGUUUGAGGUGAUAAAGUUUUAUUUUUCCUCAAGGCAUGCACCAUUGGUAAAGAGCCAAGCAAAGCCGGAAAAUUAAUAGAUCACGUUAGAUCAUUAGAGUUUUAAUCCUUCCAGUUCAAAAUCUAAAUGUUUAACCUACUCUUAUCGUUAUUGAGCGUAAUGUAAGCAAGACAUAUUUAAUUGCAUUUUAAGUAACAUUAGAAAGGCUAGCAGCCAGCAAUACACAGCAAUAAGCGAUGGAUGCUCUACUAGUAGCAACGCAGACUGUA